UUGAUCACUCUCAUGCGUAAAUUUCUUGCGCCGGGGCUGAGGCCGUCGAUGGUGGCUGCCAGUUCUAGGGGCAUUACAACACCGUCCUCCCGCGUCAGUCAAGCUGCUUCUGCCAUUGCCGUCAAGGCCACCACACAAUCACCUUCGCCUCCAACGAACACAGACCUACCGACGAUAAGCGCAAGCCCGGAUAAAGUUGCUGUUGGCUGGGAUACCAGGACAUGGUCACGAUUCCACAAUAUAUGGCUCCGAGACCAUUGCCGUUGCCCGCAAUGUUUCCACCAAAUCACAAAGCAGCGGCUUGUUAACACAUCCGAGAUUCCUCCCGGGAUUUCUCCCAGCAAGGUGGAAGCUACGGAGAACGGGCUGUUGGUGUCGUGGCCAUCCUCCCAGCCCCAUGAAUCUUUAUACCCAUGGUCUUGGCUCAGGCAAAAUUCCUACGAUCCUCAAAUACCUGACGCAAAGGUACCUCCACGGGAAAAGAUACUCUGGGGCUCCAAGAUCAUGAAUUCAGUGCCAACAGUAACCUUUGAGGAAGCUAUGGCUGAGGAUGACCGCGGACUGCACAAAUGGGUGUCCAAUAUCCAUCGAUUUGGGUUCUGUUUCGUGUCUGGCGUGCCGCCAAACCCCGAGGCUACAGAGAAGCUUUCUCAGCGAAUCGGAUUUAUCCGCGAAACCCAAUACGGGAAAUUCUGGGACUUCACCUCUGAUCUGGCCAAGGGAGACACUGCUUAUACGAUGCUUGCUCUAGGGGCUCACACCGAUAACACGUAUUUCACUGAUCCUUGCGGCUUGCAACUCUUCCAUCUUCUCUCUCAUACCGAGGGCAGUGGUGGGUCUACCCUCCUAGUUGAUGGUUUUUAUGUCGCCUCUAUCCUCAAAGAGCUUCAUCCUGAUGCCUAUAACGUACUUUCCAGUACACCUGUUCCGGCUCAUGCUGCUGGUGAACUAUCGGCGCUCUACAGACCCUCUCCGCCUGGAGGGUAUCCUGUUUUGAGUCACGAUCCCGUCACGGGCGACCUCAGCCAAGUCCGAUGGAACAAUGACGACCGAAGCGUCAUGAACCAUCUUUCCCCUCAACAACUUGAAGAUUGGUAUGCCGCUAUCCGUGUGUGGCACAAACUCCUUACUAGUGCUGAUUCUGAGUACUGGGUGCAACUGGGUCCCGGAACGGCUGUCAUUGUGGAUAACCACCGGGUUUUACACGGACGUUCUGCCUUUACAGGAAAGCGAAGAAUGUGUGGAGCGUAUAUUGGAGUGGAUGAAUACCGCUCCAAACUAGCCGUGUUGGAUGAGCGAUUCAGUGGGAAAGCGUUCACGGAACGUAGUGUUUGGAGCCCAGGACUUUGA